AGAAGCAGCUGCAGGAGCUGUACCAGCUGGGCCCGCAGCUGGGCAGCGGCGGCUUCGGCACCGUUUUCUCGGGCACGCGCCUCUCCGAUGGGAGCCCGGUGAGUGGCCGCGACGGCCGGGCGUGGCAGGGGUGGCAGGGGCGGGGAGGGUCCGGGCUUGAGCUCAACCCCCCUCUCUCCAUGGCUUGCAGGUGGCCAUCAAACGCGUGGCCCGGGAGAGCGUCCUGCAGUGGGACGAGCUGGUACGUGAGCGGGGCCAGCGGGACAGAGAGGGCCGGGGCGGGCAGGGAUAAGGCCGGGGCCUGGGCAGUGGCAGGCGGGGGAUGGCGGGGGGAGCGGGCGUGGGCUCAGUGUGCCAGACUGGGCAUGGUGGGCCUGGCGGUGCCAGAGACCAGUGGUGGGGCCAGGCAGGGGACACCUCCCAAGCAGGAAGCCCAAGCAGCAGGGAGGCUGCCCGGGGGCGGGCACUGGGCCAUGCCAGGCAGGGAGGGGGCAGCGCAGCCACAGGGCAGCAUCAGGCCUGCUGGAGGCAUUGUCUUCUCCUCACAGCCCGACGGCACCCGUGUGCCCAUGGAGGUCGUGCUGAUGGAGAAGGUGGGCUCUGGUUGCCACUACAUCAUCCAGCUCCUCGACUGGUUUGAGCUGCCUGACAGCUUCCUUCUGGUCAUGGAGCGUCCGGAGGCAUCGCGGGAUCUCCUGCAGCUCCUGCUGGAGCACGAGGUCCUGAGCGAGGAGAUGGCGCGCUGGCUUUUCCGCCAGGUGCUGGAGGCCGUGCGGCACUGCACCGCCUGCGGCGUCCUGCACCGUGACAUCAAGCCCCAGAACCUCCUCGUGAACCCGGAGAGUGGCGACCUGAAGCUCAUCGACUUCGGUUGCGGCACCUUCCUCCAGGAGCGGCCCUACACACAAUUUGCCGGAACACACGUGUACAGCCCACCCGAGUGGAUCGCCUGUGGCUGCUACUACGGCCAUUCAGCAACCAUCUGGUCCCUGGGCGUGCUGCUGUACGUCAUGGUCUGCGGGAACCUCCCCUUCUGCAAGGACCAUGACAUCGUGUCGGGGCAGCUCUUCUUUGGGCACCAGGUCUCUCCAGCGUGUGAAGAUCUGAUCCGCUGGUGUUUGGCCAAGCACCCCGCGGACAGGCCGGAGCUGGAGGACAUCUUGUGCCACCCUUGGGUGCGGGGCGGGCGUUUCUGAUGCCUUGCCGGAACCUCUGCAGCACCCAGUUACCACGUCCCACGCAGGACCCAAAAAAUAAAACAUGCACAAACCCAUUCUGGGCUGUCAAGUCUGGUCCUUGUCAGCAGCUUCAGCUAAAGAAACCUUCUGGGAAAAGGAAUAGUCCAAGUGCUCCCUUCAGCCUUCUUCAAGCUUUCCAUGCCUUUCCUUCAGUAUGGGAACUCUGUGUCUUCCAGCACAGGCCGGAGGGGUAGCAGGGGCUUGAGCAAGCCAAGAAAUGCAACAGUGAAACAACCGCUGUCCUUUCAAGCUGAUGUGCCCACUCCCUGUCUCCUGAAGUGAAACCAGAGAGGGCUCUGGCUGCAUUGCCAGGGCCAGCAGAUGCCAGGGGCAGAGGCAGUGGCUCUGCUAGCAAAGCUGGGAGAAGAACCAGAAGCAUCAAAAGGGCACUUCAUGUUGAGCUCUAAUGACUUUCUCUUUCUUUCUUUCUUUCUUUCUUUCUUUCU